AUGAGAAGAGACAGUGCUCCCGAGAUCGCUCAGCAGCCAUCGCCACGUAGUAUCAGUUGCGAAAUCACACCCGAGAAUGACAACAAGAGCGACGGCGAUGUAGAUGGCUACAAUGAUGCUCGAAGAGCAUCACGAGUCGAUGCUGACUCAGCAACCGUUUUUCCUUUGAAGAAAGUAUCUUCAGUGAAAGAGCCUGCACUUCCCAGCAAUAUCCCAGAAGAUACAACCCUCACAUCUAAGAUCGCACGACAGGCAUUACAUUCAAUACAGAAUGUUGUGACUGCGUGGAAAGUGAAAAUGCCAGAACAGCCGGAAGAGUGGGUGACGGACUCGACAUCUUCCUCGUUGAUUCAAGGGCAGGCGAGUGCCUCUUUAGGAUCUGGAAACGUGGUGGCCAUGAGGGAGAUGAUCUCGAAAGACACUCGUGAAAUCGACAGGAUCAACUUCACCGACAUCAUCGGCUUGGUUGUCUGCAAAACUAGAGCUGAAAGUUCCAUUGGUUUAGAAAGUUCCAAUGUUGUGACAUGGAGAGAAGAAGGAGCUUUUGAGCAUGAGAUAGAUCUAGCAAAGCAAGUUGAGCUUGGAGCAGCUGAUUUUGGCAUUUGUACCGCUUUUGGCACGUAUCAUGGUGGAAGGAUCUACCUGUUCCGAACGGACUGCAGGGACACCAUGGAGCGAUGGUCCGAGACGAUUACAAGAGUUAUGACUUCUUACGUUGGAUAUCCUGUUGUCCACAUGAAUCGUCUUGAUACAUUCAGGCGCAAGGUCCGCUGGUUCUAUGUGGGAGAUCGCUGUCAAGUCUUUGUUGCGGGGAUCAUCAUGUGUAACUUUCUGUUGAACAUUUUUGAAGCGCACUUCAAUGCUGCACCAGACACUCAGUUAGCUAAUGUUUUCGAUCAGAUCGAUCUUCUUUUCACCAUAUUUUUCACGGUGGAGCUUGUCAUCAAUAUAUUUGCCACGUGGUUUGUAGAAUUUGUUUCCGAUGGAUGGAAUUGGUUCGACUUCGGAGUCGUGCUCGUGUCGUUGCUGAGUUUGGUCCUUACUAAUCUUCCGGGAGCUAAUAUUCUUCGGCUUAUGCGAUGUUUUCGAGUAUUUCGGUUGUUCAAAAGGAUUCCUUCACUCCGCCAGAUCAUGAUAGCGCUGACUGCAUCAAUUCCUCCCAUGAUCAAUGCAUUUGCGCUGGUGUGUUUGGUGACAGCAAUCUAUGCUAUCAUGUCUGUGACCUUCUUCAGCUCCUACGCACCCGAAGAGUUUGGAGACUUUUUUACUGGCAUGUUCACCAUGUUCCAAGUGAUGACAGGCGACAAUUGGUCUGACAUAGCCAGAGGUCUUUUCACACUGACUGGUCAGAAUACGGGGGUUGCCAUCUUCUUUGUUAGCUUUCAUUUAAUAGUUGCUCUGGUACUCCUGAACGUGGUGAUUGCUGUCCUACUCGAUGAGUUCUCGAAGGCUGCCGACCAACGCAACUCUGAAGCAGAAAUCUCUAAGAGUCUGGCUUCAGAGGAGAUAGAAGCUUGCCCCUUCGAGAAGAUCUCAAGAGAACUUUCAAAGUACAAGAAUUUGGAUGAUCUGGAGACCAAAAUCAACAAUCUUUAUGACAAGAUUCUUUACACCACCAUCAAAAAGAAGUACGAUCUGUUCACACAAGAAGUUGCCCGUGAAGACAGUGAAAUCUUGAGGGUCUAUUUCAAUCGUUGGAAGACAGGAGAAAUUCCAAAUGUGGGGGAUGGGUGCAUGGGAUUUGCAGAAUUUAGGAUGGGGCUAAAGAACAUCGGCUUUAUUCCUCCUAUUCUAGUGACGCGUCAGAUUUGGGACGACUACAUCAUGCGGCCACGUCUUUGCGAUGAAGGCGGUAUCCUCAAUCGCCAAGGCUUCAUGCUUUUGAUGAAGCAAGCGCUCAAACGGCACCAGCUGAGACAGCUGAACGCCUGCAUGGAAGAUGAGAACGAAGACUGGAACAGAAACAAUAUCAGAAGCUUAUUCCUGGGCAUUAAGGGAAUGCUUCUGGAGGAUGAGGAACAUGCGAGGUUGGAAAAGGUUCCCGUCGGGCCAAUGGAUGAUGAGAACUCAAUUGCUUCUACGCGAGAUGGAAAAGUUGAUGCGAGCAUGGAGUACGACCCGCAAGUGGAUCAACUUUUGAAGCGGCUGAUCGCUGACAUGCAUAAGAUGCAUGCUCGCUUUGAUGCUGUUGAGAUGGACUUGCACGCCAUCCGAAGUGCUCGCACUAGGUUCAAGAAAGGAUCUCCUCGAAAUGCUGUGAAUGGAGAAAAGAAGAGGGAAAAGGAGGAUGCGAAGAAGACUGAAAUAUCUGAGCUGAAUGCCAAUCACAUGGAAGAUGGGCACUAUAUUGCCAAAGGACGUAGAGCUCAAGAGAUGGAUCAAUCAACGGUCCUGCGGGCCAAGAAUGAGUCGAAUGCCAAAGUUUCAGAUUCUUUCAUCGAGAAGCAGGCAGCGACGAGGAGGGCAAUGCAAACCCCUGCAUCGCAGGAGGCAAAAGGUGCUGACAACCUCAAUAAUCUCUCCCAGCGAGGUGGUCACCUCACGCAUCGAGGAGCAGCUCCGGAUCGGAUGUGGUCUCUUGGCGCAUUUGCGCAGAACUUCACCGACAAGACUCUCUCUCCAGUUCAGGUUCCUGAUUUUUCAAACCCAUCGAAGUUGGUGAACCAGUCCAAAGACGCGGCCAACAAAAUGAUGGAUGGCUUGAUGGGAGGAUUGGCAACAAUCGGAUCAAACAUUCCGUUUGUUCAUGGUAACGGAAGCCAAGCCGGUCACGAAUGA